AUGACGGGGCUUUCUCGAGCUCGAUUUCGGAGCCGGCGGUGGUUUCGGAGGAGGCGAAGGCCAUUUUUUGAUCCAGGAAGAAGAAGUUUCGGUUACGUCGGGGUUUUUGGACGGGGUUUUGGGUGUGUUGUUGGUGGAGCGGAGAGAAGAAGACAAGGGUUUGAAGAAUCGGAAAGCGGAAUGCGGAGGUUUGCGGCGGGGUAUGGAGAAUGUAGACAGCAGGUGCGGUGGCAGCUCGAAAGACGAUCCCGAACAAGCAGCAACCGAAUCACAGUUCGGCCCCUAGCCAAGGAACAGCUCCCGAAACUGCAAUUAAGCCUAUACAGAAACCGAACCCCCGCCCCCGAACCAAACCACGAGACGAAUUGCCGCCAACCGAGGGUACAGGCUGUUGAGCCUCCCCUAACCGGCACACCCCAAGCGCACCUAACACCACUAGACUGCGCAGGGGCGUCGGACUCCGACCAAGGGCUGCUCGCAGCCACAUACUCUACUCCUGCAGCACCAUCACAGGCCACCGGAGCCCCACCCCAUCCCUUGACCACCGCCGUCCCAACGCCACCGCGCCGGAGGAUUUCCCCAACACCCGAACUUCGGCAGAGACACUCCCUGCAAAAGACCGAGGGGAGGCUUCAAGGCCCCAACCACCGAGGACAAGCGACCACCUCCCCCAACCAGAGCCACCUAAAACAACAAGCCGCCGGACUCCACACGAGGGAGAAGGAACGUGAAUCUCACCCACCGACCGUCUUGAGCCAAUCCGCCGAAUCCACCACAUACAGCCAGAGACGAGGGAGACCGGCAUCAGGGACAAGGCAGGCAGUCGCGGCGACCGCCGGCCCGGCCUCGCCGACGCCGGAGGAGGUGAAAUCGAUCGAAAGAGAGGCGGCGAAGGUUAGAAAUAUAGAUGAGAAACUUACGGGGAACAUGAGAGUCUCUUGCACUUCUUUUGUGGUUUGUUGA